AUGUCCUUCACCUCUUCAAUCCUCAUCACAGGCGGUACUUCAGGUCUAGGCUAUUCAACAGCCUUGUCACUAUCGAAAUCCGAACCUGAUACACUGAUAAUCAUCGCGUCCCGAUCCUCCUCCGACGCAGAGGAACGGAUCAACUCAGAAGUAGGCAAUAACAACGUCAUCUACCUUCCACUCGAUUCAUCCACUCACGAGGGAGUCCGUAUCUUCGUCAAAGCAUACGAAGAAAAGUCUUUCCCACCUCUUAGAGCUUUGGUUCUCAAUGCUGCUAUUCAAUUCGUCCAUAAGAUCCACUUCACUCCUGAUGAUUUAGAAUCAAUGUUCGCUGUAAAUCACGUCAAUCACACACUUCUCUUCUUUCUACUCUCAAGAUAUCUUACGGAUGAUGCCAGGAUCAUCGUGAUAUCCAGUUCGGGACAUGAUCCAUCACUCAAAAGAGUUCCUCCUCCAACUUACGUAUCGGCGGAAAAGGUGGCUCAUCCGGAAACAGGCAAAAAGUGGAAUACUCAAACAGAAGGAUUUAGACGAUAUGGCUUAUCGAAAUUAUGUAAUCUUCUUUUCGCAUAUGCUUUGGACCGACGAGUCAAAGAACAAGGAAAGGAAUGGAUAGUGAUAACUAUGGAACCUGGAGUGAUGGCUACCAAUUUAUUUAGAUGGUCAAGUUGGUUUGGCUGGGUUAUAGGUUUGAGAAUCACGAGAUGGUUUAUUAAAGAUAUAUUCACCACUGAUUAUGUCGCGAAUACGUUGGUGAAAAUGAUUGUAGGAGAUGAGUUUGGGAAGAAGGACAAGAGCGGGAAGUAUUAUACGGUUAUUGAUGCGCAGGAGAUCCCGUCAAGUAAACAAAGUCACGAAGAGAAGUUACAAGAUGACUUAUGGGAAUGGAGCGUUCAGGAGAUUGCUAAGAAUGAUAAUGAAGCUGAAGAGUUCAGACGAUUGUAA